GAGCGGGCAAGGUGAAUCCAGCCCUGGGGCCGGCAGCCGGAGCGCUUGGGCUGGGGUGCCGGCUCCAUGGGCAGCGGCGCUCGGCACGAUGAUGGACGUUAACAGCAGCGGCCGCCCCGACCUCUACAGCCACCUCCGCUCGCUCAUCCUGCCGGAGGUGGGGCGCGGGCUGCAGGACCUCAGCCCCGACGGUGGCGCCCACUCGUUGGUGAGCUCCUGGAUGCCACACCUGCUGAGCGGCGUCCCGGAGGUGACGGCUAGCCCCGCGCCCACCUGGGACGCGCCCCCGGACAAUGUCUCCGGCUGCGGGGAGCAGAUCAACUACGGCAGAGUAGAGAAAGUUGUGAUCGGCUCCAUCCUGACGCUCAUCACGCUGCUGACGAUCGCGGGCAACUGCCUGGUGGUGAUCUCGGUGUGCUUCGUCAAGAAGCUCCGCCAGCCCUCCAACUACCUGAUUGUAUCUCUGGCGCUGGCUGACCUCUCGGUGGCUGUGGCGGUCAUGCCUUUCGUUAGCGUCACCGACCUCAUCGGGGGCAAGUGGAUCUUUGGCCACUUCUUCUGCAACGUCUUCAUCGCCAUGGACGUCAUGUGCUGCACGGCCUCGAUCAUGACCCUAUGCGUGAUCAGCAUCGACAGGUACCUUGGGAUCACGAGACCCCUCACAUACCCUGUGAGGCAGAAUGGGAGGUGCAUGGCCAAAAUGAUUCUGUCGGUCUGGCUUCUCUCGGCCUCCAUCACCUUACCACCGCUCUUCGGAUGGGCUCAGAAUGUGAACGAUGACAAAGUGUGCUUGAUUAGCCAGGACUUUGGCUACACCAUCUACUCCACCGCCGUGGCGUUUUAUAUCCCCAUGUCGGUCAUGCUGUUCAUGUACUAUCAGAUUUACAAGGCCGCCAGGAAGAGCGCGGCCAAACACAAGUUCCCAGGCUUCCCGCGCGUGCAACCGGAGAGCAUCAUCUCCUUGAAUGGUGUGGUGAAGCUCCAGAAGGAGGUGGAAGAGUGUGCAAAUCUUUCGAGACUGCUCAAACACGAAAGGAAAAACAUCUCCAUCUUCAAGAGGGAACAGAAAGCAGCCACCACCUUGGGGAUCAUCGUGGGAGCCUUCACAGUGUGCUGGCUGCCGUUUUUCCUCUUGUCCACAGCAAGGCCCUUUAUCUGUGGCACCUCCUGCAGCUGCAUUCCGCUGUGGGUGGAGAGGACAUGUCUGUGGCUGGGCUAUGCAAACUCUCUCAUUAACCCUUUUAUAUAUGCCUUCUUCAACCGGGACCUGAGGACCACCUACCGCAGCCUGCUCCAGUGCCAAUACCGGAAUAUCAAUCGGAAGCUCUCUGCGGCAGGCAUGCACGAGGCCCUGAAACUUGCUGAGAGGCCCGAGAGAGUCGAGUUUAUGCUACAAAACUCUGACCACUGUAGAAAAAAAGGUCAUGAUACAUGAUCCAGAGUGGAACACUGGAGGCGAAUAGUGCAAAGCAGGUGGAAACUACGAAAUCAUUGGCUGAGACUUCAAAAUGGAACGUGGCUUCUGUCUUCUUGGCAUGGCUGGAAUGUAACCCGGGGGUGAUCUGUUGUACAAAGUGUAUUUUGGGGGAUGAUGGCGACCUCUCCCUUUUUUUCCCUGUGGAUCAGUGAUAUUGUGUUUAAAUGAAAAUAGCUGUCAAUGUCAGACAGCCAUCUCAGCAGUAAGCACACUAACAGAGCUGGGUUCUGGGAGGGAAGCAGUUUCUGGUGCUUUCCACAAGUCCACAUCCAUGUGAGUGGGGGGAAAUCCUAACGCACAACUCUCAUGCUUCCAGGCUAGGCUUCAUGGUAGCUCUUCAGGCAUCAUCCAUGAGACAGAGUACAUACACUCCGUGGUCGGCCGGAAGGGGUCUUUCUAAGCAAACUGCAGUGAGUGUAGUGUUGAAUGUGUUGCAUGUCCAUGUUAGAAAACAGAAAUCUGUCAUCAGCAAAUACAAAUGAUUCCCCAGGGCAGUGUCUGUCCAAAGCUUUUGUCAAAUACUUUGGCUUUUCUGCAAGGUCCUUGUGACUUCCCACAAGUGUACGUCUGCUGUUAAACCCCCUAUCAUUGUGGUGUAACUCAGGAACAGAUCUCAGGACGGAGAGAGGCAGAAAACCCGAAUAAAGCUUUUCCCUGCCCUCGCACUCCUGAAGGCUCUGAGAGGACGGUCACUGGAGAAGAGUGAGUGCCACCUGACUGCAUUGUAUAUUAACAUGAUUCUCGGCAUGUCGUUUUCUCUCAUCUUCUACGAGGGUGCAAGGAGCCCACAGGGCUGCUCUAUAACUGUGUGUCAUGAGGAAGGAGUGUGGCGAUAGCAUAUCCAUGAAUGGUUGCGGUGCUUCUGGAGACUGCAUAAACUUGUUCAUCCAGCUAGGCUGUGGGGAUUGGAGGUCACGUGGACCCCUGUUGUGAAUACUCCAGAACGCCAUCCUGUUUCAUGUAGAGAAUGUGUCUCUGUGUUCGUUCUCUGUAUCUUAAAUCAAAUGUGUGCCUGAUGAAUUCUGUCCUCUAAGCCUUCUCCCCAAUAAUAAUGGUCAGCAUUAAGGACAGGUAAGGAGACAGAAAGGGUUCUUUUGUGGAUAGCGUCCUUUAAAUGGUACUAUGUGGGUGAAGGAGAUGGAAGGGCAUAGAUCAGAAGAGGACCCAUGACCACACAGGGGAAAUGAAUGCAAACUUUUAUUUGAUAAAAGAGAACUGAAAGAGAUGUUAUUUUCCUACAAUGAAGGAAGCUGCCCUCUCACCGGAUAAAACGAGUUCCAACAAGGGUUAUGGACUUCUUCUAGUCGUCACUGACAUUGCUUACUAUGAGACACAGGGAAGGGCCCCUUCUCGUGAAGGGGAGCUAGGCACUGUCCUUCCAAAGUGUGUACAAAUUCCCGAGAUGCAGAUUUGCUAGAGUGACCGUAUAUACUUAUAUUCAUAAUUUAAAUACCAAUUAUGUCAGAUACAUGUUGUUAAAUUUGAAAAUGUUUUAUUACAUUACAUCAAAUAAAGGUUAUUUGUAGCUGUAAUAAAGCAACCUAAGUAAUUGUUUUGAUAAAAGGUCUGGUGUCGUGCAUGUUACUCUACAAAGGAUGGUAGGAGCAUCCUCUGUGCUGUGUCUGCUAAAACCCUACCAGGUUGCUGGGAACAGUGGUGCAUGCCUGUCAUCUUAACACCCAGAAAGCAGAAGCAGGAGGAUCUCUGGUCUGAAGACAGUCUGAGUUUAGAUCUGAAGACGCUGUCUAAAAAUAACAACAGCAACAAGACCUAAUGAAUAAUUGACAGUUUUGUAGAAAUUGCCUUCCAAUGUAGGGAUUUAUCCACCUAGUGUCUCUAAAAUUUUAAAUCAAAGGGUGUUUGUUUCUUCAUUUGAU